AUGACUUCAUUCUUUUUCUUCCCACCAACUUCACGGGAUAUCAGGAGAGAAUCAGCACACCUCGUUUUUGUUUCCACAACAGCCAUGGCGUGGAUAAUAGGUUAUCGGGUUGCCAACCGACCACACCUUUCAAGGUCUACCAACGACCACGGCUUACGGCUGUCACCACAGAAUUGUCAACAUUAUUUUAAAAACAACGUUACGGUCCACAAAACUGUACACAGCGAGCAGCGAUCCGAAACUGGUAAUUGCUCGGCGGUUUCGACGAACGGACUUUCCAGCCGACAAUCGCCAUUAUAA